AUGACCCCAGGAGUCGUGCGACCACGAAGGUUUCAGGAGUGUCAGAAGAAGCUCCCUAUUAAACGCUGCGGGGAAGUCAGCUCUAAGCACAGAGGGCGACUGGACUCUGAAGCAGCGCAAUGCUGUUUUAAAGUUACAAUUCGAAAAAACCCAAACAGUCAAAACAAAAAGCUAGAAAAGGAGGGAGAUAAUCUGUCUAUAACGCCAGGGGCACUUGAAGCGUCACAAACUGCCAACAUUUUCUUGACAGCCCUAAAAAUUGCUGCAAGCUUUAUGUGCAAGCAGUCCCUCUACUCGCUGAACUUUUUCAGUAAAAGCCCCUGCGGAAUUCUUUCGCUUGCCUCAAUUCUGCUAAUUAGAGCGAAAGAGAAAUUCUGGCGUUUUAACAAGAUCAACUGGUUAAAAAAAGAAUUUUCUCUGGGUAUCGGCCGUGCGUCGGUGCGUGACCUGUUUCGGGGCGGCUGGCCUGGGAUUGAGGGCUCUGAGUCCCGGCACGUCGGGUCGGGAAAUGUCACAACCUCAGCCAUAAAACUAAAGCCAUUAGAACGCCAGCCUUACCCAGCGGGCGGUCUGACGGUGUCGGUGGGCGCAGGUAAAUCGUGGAAGGCGCUGUCGCUGGCGGAGAAGCGUCCGUUCGUGGAGGAGGCGGAGCGGCUGCGGGUGCAGCACAUGCAGGACCACCCGAACUACAAGUACCGGCCGCGGCGGCGGAAGCAGGUGAAGCGCCUGAAGCGGGUGGAGAGCGGCUUCCUGCAGCACGGCCUGGCGGAGGCGGCGGGGCCCGGGCUGGGCAGCGAGGUGUCCGGCGGCGGCGGCGGCAGGAUGUGCGUGGAGGGCCUGGGACUGGCGUACGGCGAGCAGGGCUACGCGGCGGCGGGCGCGGGCCACUACCGGGACUGUCCGCCGCUGGGCGCCGCCGCGUUCGACGGCUACGGCCUGCCGACUCCGGACCCGUCGCCGCUGGACGCGGCGGAGAGCGAGGCGUCCUUCUUCGCGGCGGGGCUGCAGGAGGAGUGCGCGCUGGUGCCCUACGGCUACGGCCCGCACCCGGCGGCCGCCGAGUACCCGGCAGCGGCGUCCGAGAGCCCGUCGGGCGCGUCGCUGCGGCGGCACCUGCCGCCCGGGGAGGCGCUGGGCGCGGGCGGGUCGCUGCAGGGGCUGCUGGGCUGCCCGGCGCCGCUGCACGCCUACUACGGGCAGUGCCAGCCGCCGGGAGCGGGGCGCGGGCCGCCGCCGCCGUCGGGGGCCGUGGGGCAGCCGUCGCCGCCGCCCGAGACGGCGCCGUGCCGGGAGCAGCUGGAGCAGCUGCGGCCGGAGGAGCUGCUGGGCGAGGUGGACCGCACGGAGUUCGAGCAGUACCUGCGCUUCGCCUGCAAGCCCGAGCUGGGGCUGCCCUACGGCGGCCACGACGCGGCCGCGCUGUCGCCGCCCGAGGUCGCGGGUCCCGUCUCGUCGGCCGUGUCGGACGCCAGCAGCGCCGUCUACUACUGCGGCUACCCCGACUUGUGAGGGGCUCGCUGGGGCACGGCACGGACACUGGCAUGGAGGCGCCCGGCCCCGCUCCUAUUUAUCUAAUUUAUUUGAAUAUCCUUUGGACUGGUCCACGAACUUUGUCUGGGCGGACAGAAGCUGCUAUCCCGGUUAUCAUGCAGGCUACAAGCCUCUUUCGAACUGCUUUUCG